GUGAGCAGGCUCGCCCUUUCUCCCCUUCUAACGGGUUGCAGUUUAUUUGGUGCUGGGCUGUCGCCGGCCGACGCCAUAUCGACAUGAAGCUUUACAAGUGUGCCGUCUCCGGCGACGAGAUGUUCUCCGAUAUCUACAAGAUCAAGGAAGGCGCCAGAGGCAUCGUAUACGAGGUGGAGGGGAAGGUCAUUUCCAGAACUGAAGGAUCAAUUGAUGACACUUUAAUUGGUGGCAAUGCUUCCCAAGAAUGUCCUACUGAACAGGCUGAAACUAGUACUGUCAGUGGUGUUGACAUUGUUUUAAAUCACAAUCUUAAAGAAAUCAGCCUUGCAAAAGCUGACUAUCGAACACACAUAAAGGGAUACAUGAAACAACUGAGAAACAGAGUACAGGAGCGAAAUCCAGAUGAAGUGAAGACUUUUACAGAAAAUGCCCAGAAAGUUAUUUCAGAGAUUCUAAACAAUUUUGUAGACUAUCAGCUUUUUCUAGGUGAAAGCCUGAACAGUGAUGGCAUGAUUGGAUUGUUAAACUAUCGUGAAGAUGGUAUUACUCCGUACAUGCUUUUCUUCAAGGAUGGUUUGGAAAUUGAAAAAUGUUAACACUGCUGCCUGCAGUUCAUCAUGUUGAAUUCAUCGAUCAUAAUGGCCUGCUGCUCAUCAUUUUCCCUGCAAUAAAGUUGGACUUGUAUCACCGAGCUGAUUAAUGAUCAGAAGUGGAAGCAUUGUUUUAAAAUUUAAGUUGUAAUAAAGUGCAUUAAUCACCUAAA